UGGGUUCCUCGUUGCCUCCUUCCUCCAGCCGCGGCUCCGACUCAGCCAAUGGCAGCGCCGCGCAAGGCUCCCGAGCUGUUUACCCAAUCUCGGCGCUCCUUUUCCUCCUCCCCCGCCCACCCGUCUCCCUUGUGAGCCCCGCGAGCAUCCUUCUUCGCCCAGCCAGGCUAAGGGGAGACGGCAGCGCCGGGUCCGGCGGCCAAGCGGCUCUGGCGCCUCUCCCUCCAGGCGUCGCGCGCUACCUGCCGCAGCCCUGGCUCGGAGCGCUCUCCCGCACCUGAGCGUAGUGAUGAGGAGCUCCACCCGGCCCCGGGAGGGCCGCCUUGGGGACUCGCCGUGACGGGAAUUCCGCUCCACAGCGCGGCCACGCUCCCGCUUUCUGCUUCGGUGCGCAGGCGGCUGCUGCUCCUGCGGCGGCGGCUGCUCCUUCUUCUCCGCUCGUCACCGCUCCCUCCUCCUGGAGGAGCCACGCCGGGCGGAAGGAUGGGCUGCAUCGGCUCCAGGACAGUAGGAAACGAAGUGAUUGCUGUGGAUUGGAAAGGGCUAAAAGAUGUGGACCAGAUCAAUAUGGACAGCACCAGCUCACUCCAUGGAAGCAGCAUCCACAGACCAUCUACUGAGCAAACACGGACAGAUUUCUCCUGGGAUGGCAUUAAUCUAUCCAUGGAAGAUACAACCUCAAUUCUUCCCAAACUGAAACGAAACUCAAAUGCCUAUGGGAUUGGAGCUCUUGCUAAAUCAUCAAUGUCUGGCGCCUUAGGGAUAUCCCGCAGCAUGAAGGAUCACGUCACCAAGCCCACUGCCAUGGGGCAGGGUCGUGUUGCACACAUGAUUGAGUGGCAAGGCUGGGGCAAAGGCAGCAGCCAGCAGCAUACUCAUGAGACAGUACGCAAGGAUGCAGAUGCUUACUCUGACCUGAGUGAUGGAGAAAAAGAGGCCCGAUUCCUUGCAGGAGUGAUGCAACAGUUUGCUAUCUCAGAAGCCACACUGAUGGCCUGGUCUUCCAUGGAUGGUGAGGAUGUAAGUGUCAACUCCAAUCAGGAAAACCAAGCUGGCAACUACAAUGAAAACUAUCAAGAGAUGAUGGAGAAUCAAGAACACCUGGCCCAGGUGCAGUAUGACAGCUGGCCUCACUCUUAUGUCUCACAAGGCAUGUACUGCCUGGGUUCAUCUGAUGCUUGGGAAACCAGUGAUCAGUCCCUCAUUGCGUCCCCAGCUGCUGGCUCUUACCUCGGCCAGAACUUUGAGGAAUGCCAGUCUAAUCUGCAGGAAAGUGUUUUAAUCCAGAACAACCUUAUCCAGCAGCACCAACUGUUGCAAAUGCAGCAGCAGCAGCAACAACUACAGCAACAGCAGCAGCAGCAACAACACCAGCAAGUGCAACAGGCUGUGUUCCAAAAUACUGGCCUUGUAGAUGUAUGGCCAGCUCAGACAACUCCUAGUGGUGAUGAUAGCGUUGGUGACGGGGGGAAUGCUGAAUCCAGCACUCUUGUGGGCGUUCAUGCAGAAGAGGAAGGGAACCCCGUGCUGGAGAAAGCCCCCCUGUUGAACAAGAAACCUUCUCCAGAAGAGGACGAUGUUGUAUGCCGGGAUCUGGAGUCGCUUUCACCCAAAGAGGAGGCAGAGCCUGCUGCCCUUAGCCGCAAGGUUUCUGAUGUUACAUCAUCUGGAGUUCAGUCCUUUGAUGAGGAAGAAGGUGAAACCAAUAACUGAUGCUGGCUGUUGAAACCUUUGACAAUAUGCAUGGGAAACACGGGUGGGGGAAAGUGUCAGGGAAGCCCCUCUCCAGCUCCUCAAUUCCCCCUAUCUCAAUUCCCCAGGCUCCCCAGGUCCCCAUAGCACACUUGUUUAUCCUUAGAUUUAUGGAAAGGUAAGCCAAGGACCAAAGUGCUGGGCAUUGCUAACCCCCCCCCCCCCGCACACGUUAGGCUGAACUUUUAAGACUUACUGCCCAGAAAGCUCAGGGAAUGCAAGAUAGUGGCCUCAUGUGGACAUUGCAAACAGUGGGCACAAGUUAUGCUGGUAUCAAGAGUGGUUUUGUGAGGCUGAUUCAAUUAACACAAGCCUCUGAGAAAAUGCUGCCCUGGUCUGGCUCUCGGAACCUGGUGGAUCAAUGAUAGGGAGAGAGGGAGAUAACUUUGCAACAAAAAAAGUCAGGCCUCAUCGAGAAUUCUACUUAUGGAAGUGAGGUGCUAUUUGGAGAGAAGCUUUCACUUGAGGCCUAGAGGACCAUGAAGUGGAGGGUGUGGAUCCAGACUGUGGGACUUCAGGGGUAGUGACUAUUCCGUGAUAAAACUGAGGUACUCUGAGUCCAAUUCAAACCUCAUUCUUCAGCACGUGUGCAUGCAUUUGCCGCUGAAAGCCUCUUUAUGCACCCACCCUCUGUUAACUCUGCCUAUUUGGGGCUGGAGAGGGUUUUCCCCCUCUAUUUAUUAUUGGGCACUGCAUGUAGGGAAAAGGGAGCGGGGGUCAUCUGUCAAUCUUAUAAUUUAUGCAGACAUGGAGUUCAGUCUUUCCAUUGUACACAGGGAAGACAAGACAAAGAAACAAAAGCAAACGCAUACCACAGUUUAACUAUGUACUUAAUUUUCCUCUAUUUUUCCUCCUAAAUGUUUAUGUUGCAACAGUUUUUUGGCCAUCAGAGGGAAUGGCCCAGUGCCAUAUAGUGUAAGGUAAUACUCCUUUUCUAGACUUGCAAGUUCCUCUGAAAAUACUGCAAAAUUGAGACUGGGCCAAGAGUAAUUCUCUACUGUUCCCAUUCAUUUUCCUGCUAGGGUUUUUGUUCUAAUGGCAAAUAUUUGUAAUGCCUCGCUCAGUCAAGAAAAAGAAAAAAGUAAGCGGCACAUUUUUCUCAAUUUUUAUUUGAAGAAGGGGUUUUUUGGGGCGAAUGAUUGCUAGGUUUUGUGUCCCAGAGAGUUGGAUCUCAAGUUACCCCUUUUUCUCGGUGAUUAGUUUGUUUUGGCAGAUAAAUGGAAAUUAACAUUAUAAAACCUAGUUUUUAAUACUGUGUUCUUUCACCAUUGUUUGUCAGACACAAACAAUGGAAGAAAAUAAUAAUAUAAAAAAUGACCAGAAUUAAUAAAAAAAAUGUGUAUGGUCAUCAUUAAAAGAGCAAAAAUAAGGACGCUGCGAUAAAAGGUGACCCUACACUGUCUUGUGAGAAAACACCCACAGGUAAUAGCAUUUUCUCUGUUCUUUUUCUACAUUUUACCUGAAAUUUCAAUGUGGCUUGCAACUAAUUUGUUUUCUCUGGGUCUGCUGGCUAGAAAAUUGAAAAGUAAAUUGCACAGCAAUGCUUUAUUUACUCAGAUCUUACCCCUUUGUGUAGAGAAAGGGGGAAAACUUUGGGUUCAGAAGCUUUGCAUUCAGAUGUCAUCAGCAAAAGGGAGCUGAAGUGCCCUCACCCUUUUCAUGAAGUAUUGAGAGGAACUCUGUGUAUUUCAACAACCAAGAAACUCUGUCUUCCCCUUUACUGCACCUUCUUUGAGAACAUUUUCAUCAUACAGACAUGGUCAGGCAAAAAUAAUCAAAGCAAAAUGCAUGAAAGAAAAGCCUUUUGUCACCAUUCAUUUCCUUGUCUCUGUUUCCUUACUCUUCCUGGCUCCUUGGCUUGGGGAGGCCGCUCAACCUCUGAGCCUUUGGGAGCCCACCUCUCUUUUAAAAUAUGUUUACAUGCUACAGUGCCAACCUCUGAAGGCUAAGAGGGUUGGAUACAGAACUUCGCUGGAUAUGAGGACAACACCUCAUGUUCUUGCAUUUUUUUCUUAAAUUGCUGCAUUCUGGCUUUCGGUCAGUUGUGGGGAAUUCUCCCAGCAAUGAUGCAGAACCAUGAAGAGUGCAGUGUGCAUCUCUGCAAAUGAAGAAUGAAUGAAAUUCCUGUUACUCCAACAUCAUCGAGCCUUCAGGAUAACCAGAAAGCUUUGAGAUGUUUCCAGUAUUGUGAUGGGGGAGGGUGGAGAUUCAGGCAGCCUGAUUCUCCUUUCCUCCAAACCAUUAUGCUCCAUGUGCCUAUCCAGGACCAGGACUAAACCUGGAUGUUUACGGUAAUUUGUUUCUGUGUAAAUGUAUCCUGCUUUCAUCUUGGCGCUCACUGAACUUGAUAAUAAGUGGCUCAUCUUGUUUAGAUACCUUAUUUGAUUGUCUGUCUUUUUUUUUUUAAAGGAAAAUGUAAGCAACAUGCAUUUGAUAAUGCCACAUAUCACAAAUGUUUGAGAGAUGUAUAUUUUUCUCAGUCUGAGAGAUGCCAGAGGGUCAUAUUGCAUGGAAAUCAGUAAAGAAACAACAAGGGAAAGCUAAUUUUGUGUUUGUAGAACUGGGGAUGUGACUGAACAAUGUGUAGGAUGGAAUAGAGAAUCACAACUGUAUUGUAGAUUUCUUUAACUAUCAUUGAAAAGUUCUACCAAACAAAGAUAACCAUAUUUUCAUUUAAAUUGUACAGUUCUUGGGGAGGGUUUAUAAAUAAAUAGAAUUGUUCAGGAUAUGAAACUCCAUUUACCUUCCCCUCCCUCCAUCCCCUGCAAAGGGAUCUUGCCUUUUAAAAUACCUUUCCUAUUGUUCCCUAUGUUUAAAUGUACUAAUGGCUCUGCUUUUAGCCAGGCGCAUCAGCAGAGAAAAAUGUUACUCAAUUACACUUGGCCCCAGAUGAGGGAAAAAUCUUCAGCUUCAGUUAUCUGUUGUGUAGCAUCCCAAAUCCUAAAAGAUUACGGCUUUCAUUUUAUUGGACAAAAUAAUCAGAAUGGCUGUAUUGCUCUAUUCAUAUAAUAAAACAGAUCUGUGUGACACCUUCAAAAGUAACAACAAAUGUUGCGAUCUCAGUUGCUAAACAGAGUCAGGUCAGGUUCACUGACCUGAAUGGGAACCGCUCAAAGUGAUUCCUGAUACAAAUGCAUUAAUACCAGCUAACUGAAGAACAAAUACUAUUAUCGAAAGAUGGGACUGCCUGUGCCAGGGCAGUUCUGCAUCUCUGAAUAUAUUGUGGUUAGAAAGCCUCAAUCAGGAAAGUUGGGGACAAUUUUUUUUAAUUUUUGUAGAAGAAAACAGGCAGAUAGCACAGCACACUGCACACCUUUUUUACCACUUUAUAGGUGGGUUUAUUUCUGGGCUUGGAGCCUGACUGAGAAAAAACAAACAAACCAGGAAAGAUCAUUAGAAAAAAAAAGGCAGUUGAAGGGAGGGUUACACACCUCAUGCCUCAGUCUGCUCUCUCAGUUCUCCAACUCUACUGCCUUAUUGUUAUUUAUCAGCAACCUGUGUCUGAAGACCCCAGUCCCAGCCCCUUGCCACAGAAAGCUAAGGGGGAAAAAAUCUUUUAGUCUAUGAGGGCUGCAUUUAUUAACUCUCAAUGAUUUCACGUUAAUGUGGUCAUGUUCAGAAAUUUAACAUUUGUUACAUGCAUCACAUUUGUAAUGUGCAUGCCUUUCUUUUUAAUCGCUUGGUUUCUUCUUAAAAAUUUGGAAGCAAAAUGAAACCAUGCAAUUCAGAUACACGGUGUAGCUUUAUAUUUUGAAUUUCUCUGAACUGAUAGGCAGUGAAUUCCUAAUGGAAGAAUAUUGGAGGGGAUGUGUAGGUUUGUGCUCAUGAUACAGCUAAGAUACGGUUGUCCGAUGCCUGGAAAUUAUGCCAAAGUUGAGGAAUGCACCUGUCUGCAGAAGUUGUAAACCUGAACUGUUCAGUGUCCUCACCACUGGCCCUACCACCCAAGACUUCUUGGAGUUACACUUAGACCACAUACAGAGAUUUUAAGUUCCCCAUUCCUGGCUUAUGUACUUGAAUAAUGACACCCUUCUUAUAGAGGAUUACUCAUGAAACCAUUAGAAAUGUCUAAUCUGUUUUUAAUGAAGUAAAAACUGCCAUUGGAUUUCCUUGACAUAGUUUUCUUUGGGGGGGGGGAAUCCCUUGAAGUCAUUUUUAACCCUCUGCUGGCACUUCCUGAUCCUUUGCAUGAAUCAUAGCAGUAGUAGAAUCAUAGUUAGCAAAUAGUGUAUUUUGUACUACACGCUAAAUAAUUUUCUCUGGUGCAAUAUUGCAGUGCUUAUGUUGUUGCAUGAAUGCUAGCUAGCUUUAUUCCAAGGUAUUUGAGGAGUUUUACAGAACUAUUUUGAACGGGUAAUCAAGGGAUUGCCAAAGAGUCCUGAAGGAAACAUUCCAUAAAUGUCUGUCCCCUGCUUGUCCUUGCCUGUGAGCCUUAAAUCCCUCUCCUUACUCAUUUCUUAACUGCUAGAAGGUGGCAUCAUGGUGGAUGACAUCACAACACUGGGGGAGCACAGGCUCUAUUUGCUAGCUCAAGAUGGAAGAGAAUUAACUGGGAAGGAAAGAAAACAAAAUGUCCUUGAACCUUGAGGACCAUUUAAAUCCUCCAUCCUCCCCUUAAUUUAGUUCUGUAAUUGUUAGAGGAACUUUUCUUAAGUGAGGGAAGGCCACUUAAAUAAUUUCUAACAGAAUUAUUCCACUGAUAGGGGAAACCCAACACAUUUUGUGAGGGAACAAAUAGCUGUAGGAGCUACUUUUGAGCAAGUUAAGUUGACUUUGAAA